AUGUUAUCCAAGUUUGAUGAGCUGACAAAGGAUCUAAAUGAGCUGACAAGGGAUAAGAAAGAAGAUGCUGAUGAGUUGCAUGAGUUAGAGAAGAACAAAGAUGAUGAUGAUGAUGGGUUGAAUGAGAUAGAAAACAAAGAAGAUGUUGAUGGGUUGAAUGAGAUGGAGAACAAAGAAGAUAAAAAAGAUGUUGUUGAUGGGUUGAAUGAGUUGGAGAACAAAGAAGAUGUUGCUGAUGGGUUGAAUGAGUUGGAGAACAAAAAAGAUGAAGAGGAGUUGCAAAAGAAGCAAGCUGAGUUGAAGAUGGAUGAGUUGAAGAUGGGCGACAAGGAAGAUUUGGCCACAAAGAAGAAGGAGUUCUCCACGAACAAGAAGGAGUUGGGCACGAAGAGGAAGGUGGAAUUGGACAAGAAGAGGAAAGAGGAGUUGGCCAAUAAGAGGAAGGUGGAGUUGAAGAAGAAGAAGGAUGGUGAUUAA